CUGUGACCCCUGGUUCCUAUCAGAACCACUGUAAAGAAAUCUGUGUAAGUUUCUCCACAGUUAAUCAUUUCACACCAAACCUCGAAUGACUUUAUUUUCACCUCACCGCUGGAACUGCAGAGAUUUUGAAAAGUUGGUGGAAAUCCCCUUUUAAGCUAUUGGUUUCUUUGUGACUAUCAGAAGACGUGUAUCGAGAAAUUGUUUUCGAAAUUUAUACCAGACUUGCGUGACAUUCUGCACACUUGGGUGUUGUCAUCCUACACGCGCUGUUGGUGUGGUCAGGACAUGUCAUUUGGGGGCUGCUGUCCUCGGGGUUUGUCAGGCACUGUGGGUGUAGGCUGUGCAGCAUCUGUGGAGGCUGGCCCUCAUCCUCCUCUCCAAUCACCCACACCCAGCCAUUCGAGCUCACUCGGCUUGACCAGCCGGCCAUUGUGCUCUCCUCUUUCUUCUCCUCCUCCUAAGAGAGGCUGCCCCAGGUGAGCUGAGCUCCGGCCGAGAUGUCCACAAAUCCAGGCAGGGUCAAGAAGGACGAAGGCUUUCUCGGGAAGCUCGGAGGCACGCUGGCUCGAAAGAAGAGGUCAAAAGAAGUGAGUGACCUUCAUGAAGAGGGUAAGAAUGCCAUCAACGCUCCACUCCUCCCCUCUAGUGCUGAGCUGCUCCCAGAGGACUUGCUGCUAGAGGAGAACGCUGAGAGGAGCAUGUUGGAUCCCACAUCUAGAGAGGAUCCCAAAUUUAAAGACCUACAGAAGGUUCUGAUCGACUGGAUCAAUAAUGAGCUGGAGGAAGACAGAAUCAUAGUUAAAGAUCUAGAGGAGGAUCUAUAUGAUGGACAGGUGCUUCAGAAGCUGUUUGAGAAGCUGUCAGGCCGUAAGCUGAAUGUAGCAGAGGUGACCCAGUCUGAGAUCGGUCAGAAACAGAAGCUGCAGACUGUACUGGAGGCAGUAAAUGAACUGCUCAGGCCUCAGGGCUGGACGAUUGAGUGGGGAGUUGACUCCAUCCACUCUAAGAACCUGGUGGCCAUCGUGUAUCUGUUGGUGGCUCUGGCCAUGCACUAUAUGGCCCCCAUCAGACUGCCUGAACAUGUCUCUGUACAUGUGGUGGUGGUUAAAAAAAAGGAAGGAAUCUUACAGACAGCUCAGGUGACCAAAGAACUCACAACUACUACAGAGAUGAUGAUGGGAAGAUUUGAGAGGGAUGCCUUUGACACUUUAUUGGACCAUGCACCAGACAAGCUUAACGUGGUCAAGACGUCCCUGAUCACAUUUGUAAAUAAACAUCUGAACAAGCUGAACCUGGAGGUGACUGAGCUGGAGUCACAGUUUGCAGAUGGUGUAUAUUUGGUUCUGCUGAUGGGUCUGUUGGAGGACUACUUUGUGCCAUUGUAUAACUUUUACCUCACACCAGAAAGCUUUGAGCAGAAGGUACAUAAUGUAGCAUUUGCUUUUGAGUUGAUGCAGGAUGGAGGACUGAAGAAACCCAAAGCUCGUCCAGAAGAUGUUGUGAAUUUAAACCUGAAGUCGACUCUGAGGGUCCUCUAUAAUCUCUUCACCAACUACAAAAGUGCCGACUGAUGGAAGAAAGAGAGGUUCUCAGCGAUUGAACCCUUGCCUUGUGCCUCGCUGAUGCUGCACACACCACUUAUCUUUAAAAGCGCAGUGUUUUAUGUCGUCAGUCUGUUUUGGAAAUUCAAAUGCUGUUUGAAUCACUGCAGAAGCUCAAAGGUAGCUGAAAUACUGUACUGUACAUAAUCCACACAUCAAGGCCUGCUGCUGUUUACAGUGCUAGUAACUGCUUUACUUUGAAUGUUUUAUGACAUGUAUGCUUUGUGUAUUACAUGACAGAUAUUAUAUCUUUAUUAUCACAAUAAUAACGCUGAAUGUUUUUAUAGCCUGUUCUUUUUUAUAUCAAAUUGAAUUACUUGUUCGGCAUUUAUUUCACUCAACUACAAACCUCAAUUCCAAAAAAGUUGGUAUGUGUGGGAUAGUAAGUGAAAUACUAAUAAAAACAGAAACCAGUGA